AUGGUGAAAACAAGAUAUGAUUACAGAACAGAGAAGGACGAAGCAGAAGAAACGAAGGAGGAUGCUCAUCAGAAACUGGUAAAACGUCAGAUUUUAAAGAAUUAUUACGAAUCGCUGCUAAGUCUCGAAAAGUCGAGGAGAGAGAUGCAAGAACCAGACCUGGAGAAUCUUCUCGACUCAUCAGAACAAGUUAAGAAGCUCAUGAAUCUCCGUGGAGGAAAUAUAGAAUAUUUCACCGGUUUUGAUGACGAUGGAAAGAAAUGGAAUCUUUCUCGAGAACCUGUAGAAAGGAGAGAAGAGAGAGCACCAACGAAUCCAGAGUUGAGGAUCUUGGAAACUGCGUUUCAUGAAACAGUGUCUCGGUUCGGGAAAUCUGAGAACGGAUCUUCUUCUAGAGAAUGGAGUCUUAGAGAGAGUAAAAGCAGAGUGGUUUCUCUUGGGAUCAAGUUGACUCGUGCUCUGAUAAAAGUCUCCUUACUGGCUCUUCAUACGAGCCAAAGAGAGAAACAAUUAGCGCUCAAGAUAUGGAUCUUACUGCGAUCUUGCAAGGAACAAUCCGCAUUAGUAGCGAUGAAUCUUUAUGGUCGUCUUGAUAGAUCAAAAGAGUUGAAUGCAAUGAAUCUUGAGCUUGAUCGAUGCGCUCAACAUGUGAGAAGAGUGGAGAAAGCGAUCGAAGAUAUGAUGUUUCGACGAUCUCUGAGAUUGAAGCAUAAACCUAAAGAUUUCUGGAAGAAAAUGGAAGCAGAGAUCAACAAGUGUUGGGGUGAGUCUUUCUGGAAAUAUGUUGAAACAACAAGGAGAUUGAAAUCUGUUGUUGCAUCUGACAGUAUCGUCUACUUGCUUUGUUUGAGAUUCAAGCUUGGAGUUUAA